UCUGUGCACACCAGGGUCAGCCACGCUUGGAGGAGCCCAGGCGAGUGGCCCUACACGCCACCUGGCUGCCUCGGGUUCCAAGAGGCCCGCUGAGGGUGAGUGUGGAGGCUGGUUUGGCCCAGCCCUUUCCAGGAGCUCCCCUCACUCACCCCAGAAAGGGAGUAGGAGAGGGAGCACCAGUGGAUCCUCCAGGCUGGCAGAUCAAGGCAUCGCCCCUCUGUCUUGAAGGACACCCCUGCUGAUGCGGAUGGGAAAUCCCUUCUCCCGCAGUUGGCUGCCUGCAGCUCCCAGGCGGCUGCUGUGAAUGCUGCCCCAGAACCUACCCACAGAGGGAAGUGAUCUUCAGGACAAGGAGUUAGGAAGGCCACCAGCAUCAAGACUGGAAGUGGACUGAAAGGGAGCUGUGCUGGAGAUGAGAGGCCACUGCUAUCCACCACAGCUGCUCAGUGGUGAGCUGGCUGCCACCAUGGCCGAGGGAGAAGUCACCACCUUCUCAGCCCUGACGGAGAAGUUCAAUCUGCCUGGAGGAAACUACAAGUUGCCCAAGCUCCUUUACUGUAGCAACGGAGGCCACUUCCUGAGGAUCCUUCCAGAUGGCACAGUGGAUGGGACCAGGGACAGGAGCGACCUGCACAUUCAGCUGCAGCUGAGUGCGGAAAGCGUGGGGGAGGUGUUUAUAAAGAGUACGGAGACUGGCCAGUACUUGGCUAUGGACACCGAUGGCCUUUUAUAUGGCUCGCAGACACCCAGUGAGGAGUGUUUGUUCCUGGAGCGGCUGGAGGAGAACCACUACAACACCUACACAUCCAAGAAGCAUGCCGAGAAGAACUGGUUUGUGGGCAUCAAGAAGAAUGGAAGCUGCAAGCGUGGUCCUCGGACUCACUACGGCCAGAAAGCCAUCUUGUUUCUCCCUCUGCCAGUCUCCUCUGACUAAAGAAAUCCAUCCCAGUUGCCACUCACUCCCAGGGGAGCCUCGUGGGAGUCACUCACCUGGUGGACCCCAAAAUGUUCCCUUGACCUUUGGCUGCACUAACCCCUGGCCCACAGAGCCCAAGUAUGCAAGCAAUGCGCUUCUACUUC